GUGCAGGAUAUCUGGAGUUGGAGAAUCCCCUGAAAACUGGGUGUCAGUCAGAGGUUAACGGGAGAGAUCCCAAUGGUUAUGGACAAAUGCAAUCGCAUGGCAGGAUGCUGUAAAUAGAUCAAACUUCAGGCAGGAGAGCAACUGAGAUAAUCCAUCCACAAUACGAGGUGAAGCUGUGUCACAGGAGCAUCUUUCUCAUCCUAUGACUGAAGUUGGUUCUGUGAUCCUGGAGAGUCCACCUUUCCCUGUCAUGGAGGGCAAAACUAUCAGCCUGCGUUGUAAAAAGAAAGGAGCUCUUCUAAACCAGAUAGCUGAUUUCUAUAAAGAUGACCUGAAAAUUGGAACUGGCUAUUCUGGGAAGAUGAUCAUUCACAAUGUUUCCAAGUCUGAUGAAGGACUCUACAAGUGUAUAAUCUCUGGAGCUGGAGAAUCACCAGAGACCUCCCUGGUGGUGAUAAACAGCAGUUUGGAAAAUCAAAAUGAAGAAGUUGUUUCAGUAAUCCUGGAGGGCCCUGCUCAUGUGCUGGAGGGUGAAGCUGUAACUCUGCAUUGUAGAAACAAGACACUGUCUGCCAGCCUUCCAGCUGUCUUCUAUAAGGAUGGCAUUUUCAUUGGGACAAGCUCCACUGGAAACAUGACCAUCCACCAAGUCUACAAGUCCCAUGAGGGACUUUACAAGUGCAGAAUAUCUGGAGGUGGAGAAUCACCAGGCAGCUGGCUGUCUGUCAGAGUUGGUUCUGUGAUCCUGGAGAGUCCACCUUUCCCUGUCAUGGAGGGUGAAACUGUCAUUCUGCGCUGUAAAAAGAAAGGAUCUCUUCUAAACCACAUAGCUGAUUUCUAUAAAGAUGACCUGAAAAUUGGAACUGGCUAUUCUGGGAAGAUGAUCAUUCACAAUGUAUCCAGGUCUGACGAAGGACUCUACAAAUGUAUAAUCUCUGGAGCUGGAGAAUCACCAGAGAGCUUGUUGAUUGUGAAAGAACAAAAAGGAGAGGUUGUUGCUUUAAUCCUGGAGACUCCUGCUCAUCCUGUGAUGGAGGGCGAAUCUGUGACUCUGCACUGCAAAACCAAAAUGGUUAGUGCCAGCCUUGCUACUGCCUUCUAUAAGGAUGACAUCUUCAUUGGUACCAACUCUAUGGGAAACAUGACUAUUAGCACAGUCUACAAGUCUCACGAAGGAUUCUACAAGUGCAGAAUAUCAGGAGUUGGAGAAUCAUCAGAAAGUUGGCUGUCUGUCCAAGGGCUUCACAGAGAUACUAAUCUCUUUUCUGACAACUUCCGUGAUCUCCUCCUCCUCUUAAGGGUUGUUUUCACUAUUGUGAUGGUGGCUCUGCUGCUGCUUUUGGUGGGACUCCUUCACUGUGGGAAACUCAGCUCUAGACCAGAAAUUGCACUCAUAGAUACAAAAUCAGCCAUAUAAAUGUUUUUAAAGCCCUUGCAGCCCUAUGCUGUAUACAUCCUGAAAAAAGACCAGUUGUUAUUAUUAAAAGCCUAAAACUCACAUUACCAAUACAUUCAUGCCCAUGAUCAUGUAUAUAAGCUUUUAACUGCAACCAUAUCUAUAGAUAGAUAGCAAGUCGUCUGUAUCCAGUAAGCGUCCCUAGGCUAGGCCCCCAUGCUAACCAACCCUACGUUAUAUAUAAGUGAGAGUGGCUCCGGCAGAUCCC